AUGUCGGUGCCGCUGCUUAAAAUCGGCGUGGUGCUGAGCACCAUGGCCAUGAUCACCAACUGGAUGUCGCAGACAUUGCCCUCGCUGGUGGGGCUCAACACCACCAAGCUGACAGCGGCACACGGCGGCUAUCUAGACCGGAGCACCGGAGUGCUGCCGGCCAACCCGGAGGAGUCGUGGCAGGUGUACAGUUCUGGCCAGGAUGGCGAGGGUAGGUGCGUCUGCACUGUGGUGGCACCCCAACAAUCUAUGUGCUCCAGGGACGCCCGCACAAAACAACUGAGGCAGCUACUGGAGAAGGUCCAGAACAUGACCCAGUCCAUUCAAGUGUUGGACCAGAGAACCCAGAGGGAGCUCCAGUAUGUGGAGAAGAUGGAAGUGCAGCUCCGUGGCCUGCAGACCAAGUUUAGGCAAGUGGAAGAGAACCACAUGCAGAACAUCGCUAAGCAAUACAAGGCCAUAAAGGCGAAAAUGGAGGAGCUUAGGCCGUUGAUACCGGUGUUGGUGGAGUACAAGGCCGAUGCCAAAUUGGUAUUGCAGUUUAAGGAGGAGGUCCAGAAUCUGACGUCAGUGCUAAGCGGGCUGCAGGAGGAGAUGGGGGCCUAUGACUACGAGGAGCUCCACAACCGGGUGUCAAAUCUUGAGGAGAGGCUGCGAGCGUGCAUGCAAAAAUUGGCAUGCGGCAAACUAACGGGCAUCAGCGACCCCAUCAUUAUCAAGACGUCGGGGUCCCGGUACGGCUCCUGGAUGACGGAUCCCUUGGCGCCUGAAGGAGACACGCGGGUCUGGUACAUGGACGGCUAUCACAACAACCGCUUUGUGCGGGAGUACAAGUCCAUGCAGGACUUCAUGACCACCGACAACUUCACUUCACACCGGCUCCCCCACCCUUGGUCCGGAACGGGCCAGGUGGUUUACAACGGGUCAAUCUACUUCAACAAAUUCCAGAGCCACGUCAUUAUCAAGUUUGACUUCCGCACCUCAUCCAUCAGCAAGUCUCGGCAGCUUGACUACGCCGGUUUCAACAGCGUGUACCACUACGCCUGGGGCGGCCACUCGGAUAUCGAUUUGAUGGUGGACGAGGGCGGCUUGUGGGCCGUCUACGCCACAAACCAAAACGCCGGCAACAUCGUGAUCAGCAAGCUGAACCCUGACACCCUGCAGAUUGUGAAAAGCUGGACCACCAACCACCCCAAAAGGAGCGCCGGCGAGUCUUUCAUGAUCUGCGGCACGCUGUACGUCACCAACGGCUACUCGGGAGGCACCAAGGUCUACUACGCCUUCUCCACCAACUCCUCCACCUACGAGUACAUAGACAUCGCCUUACAGAACAAGUACUCGCAUAUCUCCAUGCUGGACUACAACCCGCGGGACCGCGCUCUCUACGCCUGGAACAACGGGCACCAGGUGCUGUACAACGUUACGCUAUUUCACGUCAUCCGCUCCGAGGAACUGUAA